UCUGAGCCGCGGGAGCGAGACCUGUCACGGACAGUGAGGAGGAACGAGGGCUGGGCAGCCCUACCCUAGACGAGCCGUGCCUGUCCGGCACCAGCUCGCCCACGGAACUGCUUCUUUCAGGGUCACCUGCUCCUUCCUUCCCGAGCUGUAAAAGGUCUGCCUGGCUGCCUGAAGUCGGUGGAAAGCCGGGCUGGAGACCGAGGGCAUGGUCUCUCCUUACUAAGCCAUCUUCCUCCCAUCCAGCCCUUUGUUCCACGCCAGAGCCCGAGCCUCUUAGAGUGUGGAGUUUCCCGGUACCCAACACUCUCAACUUCCCCGAAGGCACGCCAGUCUACCUCUCAUCUCCUAAAACCUGCCUUCUUUCUGUCUUCCUUUGGCAGAAUCAACCUUCUGGAUUUCUAGGGGCCAAGGCUGACUGACAAGAAAUUCCGCCCGUGAUUGAAAGUGAGGAAUCUGCAUUAGCAGGGCUUGAGCCGGGCACAUACAGACGCGUGCAGCUCCAAUAAAGGACUCUCAGGCAUGGAUAUGAAGAACUUGGAAAAACGGUCUCCUGUUCCCUUCCCCUUUCAUUUCAGGCAGGCUCGGCGCACCGCUCCCUGCCUUUCAGGGGUCUGUGGGUGCCGAGAGCCUGGAGAGCUGGUCAAGACGGGCCAGGCUCAAACCUGGUCUCUCUAAGCAACUACGAAUCACGCCACGACGUCGCGGUCUGAGCCCAGGGAAGGCGCGGUGCGUAGCCGCAGCCAGCGUCUCCCACACUCUGCUGACCACGCACUGGCUGUCCUUGAGGAGGAAUGUAGGGAGAGGAAGGGAGGGGUCCCUGGAGGGCUGGAGGAGCGAGGCCCCAGGAGGCGGAAAUCUCUUACCUAGGCAGGAGUCUAGGGACGCCCUCGAGCUGGAACCCUGAAGGUUCGGGGACCAAGCUUGAAUUGGCGUUUGCACCUCAUAGUUUUUAUUUAGGUUGCUCCUGCAUGAGGGCUGGUUCAGGGAGAACCGAUGGCGACUUCGGGAAACUUCGCCUCCCAAAUCACCCCGGCGCUGUGACCGCAUCCGCCGAACACCAGCGCUAGAUGCUCAAGGCAGGCUGGGCUGGGACACCGACGAGUCACGCAGAGUUGGGGCGGGGCCUGGGCGAAGGGGUGGGGCCUCUCCGGCUCCCAGGCGGAGCUUCUGCUAAAGGCGCGGAGCACAAGGCACCGAGGGCGCAGAGUAGAGCAGCGCUACCCUGAAGAAGUCUGGGCUGCAGACUGCACGUUCCCAGCCCACCCUCCAGCUUCCACUCGGUGCCCGCAUCCCGACCUCUGCCAGCCCUCGCCCAGCGCGCCCCGCGGCCAUGCAGCGCCGGGCUUGAGGCUGCCCCAUGGCCAAACCUGCGAUCCCAGCGACGACGGCGCAUGGAGAACUUCCGUAAGGUGCGCUCGGAGGAGGCGCCGGCGGGGGACGGCGAUGAGGGUGGCAGUCCGAGCUCUGGCCCUUUCGCAGAUCUGGCGCCCGGUGCUGUACACAUGCGGGUCAAGGAGGGCAGCAAAAUCCGCAACCUGCUGGCCUUCGCCACCACCAGCAUGGCGCAGCCAGCCACGCGCGCCAUCGUCUUCAGCGGCUGCGGCCGGGCCACCACCAAGACCGUCACGUGCGCCGAGAUCCUCAAGCGCCGCCUGGCGGGCUUACACCAGGUCACGCGGCUGCGCUACCGGAGCGUGCGCGAGGUGUGGCAGAGCCUCCCGCCCGGACCCACGCGGGGUCAGACGCCCAGCGAUCCGGCCGCCAGCCUCAGUGUACUUAAGAACGUACCGAGCCUCGCCAUCCUACUUUCAAAGGACGCGCUGGAUCCACGACAACUUGGCUACCAGCCUCCGAGCCUCAGUCCUGGUCCUUCGUCCCCUCCUACAGUGUCGACGUCCAAGAGGAGCCUGGGGGAGUCUGCUGCUGGAGAAGGCACAGCUAAGCGGUCUCAGCCUGAGCCAGCGGCUGAAAACGAGGACCAGACUGCCUGAGAAUUCCCGGCUCUGAGCCACCUAGACCAACUGGAUCUUAUAUCCUCAACACUCCUACUUCCACACCAAGCUUUCACAUCUGGGUUUCAAGAGACCCAUGUUCCUGGACACAGGUCCUCAGAAUGACAGCAUGGAUCCACAGGACAGGGAGCUCAGGAAUAACAAAAGAGGAUCUCAGAAAUCCAAGGAAACUUUGUGGGGCAAGUUGCCAGAAGCCACAGAACUCCACCCACACCUUUUCUAGGCCAUCCUAGGAUUUUUUUUUUUUUCAUUUUUUUAGGGAAGCAUGGUGGGUAGUGGAACUCUUGAGCCUUCUUGGGGACCCAGAUGUUAAAAAUGCCCAGCAUGCAUGAAGGCUGACUACUGAGGCUCUUGAAAUCAUCCUUGCUGUUAACCGAGAGCAGGAACUGUGACGCUGAUUCCUUCAGGGUGGCCACAUUGAAAAUGUUCGGGCCAUAUCUGCCCACCCAACCCCUACCAAUUCUCUUUUUACCUUUCCUUCCUCUUAGCAUCACCCCCCCUCCCCGCAUGGUGGCAGAGAAAAGACCCAGGACAAAACUUGCCAUGCCUCCUCCCCUGAGUGCUUGGAGUCUUGCUUCCAAUAAAACAAACAUGAAAAUG